UCCCUCUUUUUUCUCCAAUUAAUGCCCCUCAAAUUUUCCAUUUACACUUCUAAAACAAACAAACAACAACUAAAAAAAUCCUCCCCAUAAAUCUUUUUUACCAAAACUAGCAAACUAAACACCAAAUUCUCAACGCCCAAAUCAAAUCAUACACCAUGUCUCCAAUUGAGACAAUGAAAAUCAACAAUAAUAAUAACCAAUUUUCAGGAAGAGUGAAAUUCAGGCAACUUUUACAACACUCUUCUGAAGAAGAAACUGAUCAAGAAAGUACCCAUUAUUAUUCAAGUAGUAGUACUAGUAGUCCCAGAUUAAGCAGUCCGAGAUUAAGCUGUUUUAAUUACAAUGAUAAUGACAAUUAUUUUAGUACUAAUUCACCUUCACCAUACAAUUUCACCAUCUCUUCACCAUUACCACAAUCAUCCCCUUAUCUUAAAUCUCCAUGGAUUAAACUCUCCCCUACUCUGCACCCUACCACACCCAAUCAUACCACUGAUAAUAUCUACUUUUCUCGUGGGAGAAAGUAUUUGAUUGGUUCUCUUCUUAGAGAAGAAGGACAUGUUUAUUCACUAGCAGUUAAGGAUGGGAUGUUGUAUACUGGAUCCGAAUCGAAGAAUAUUCGGGUUUGGAGGAAUUUUCAUGAUGCGGGUGGGUUUAAAUCAGGAAGUGGGUUAGUUAAAGCGAUUGUUAUUUCGAAAGAUCAACAAGUUUUUACGGGUCAUCAAGAUGGGAAGAUCCGGAUAUGGACCAAGAAUGGAAAACGGGUCGGUACACUUCCGAAAUUUGGGGAUUAUAUUAAAUGUUCUAUGAACCCGAAGAAUUACGUUGAGGUAAGACGGCAUCAUAAAGUACCGAAGAUUAAACAUUAUGACGCGGUUUCUUGUAUGAGUUUGAAUGAGGAAUUCGGGUUAUUGUAUUCGGGUUCAUGGGAUAAAACAAUAAAAGUAUGGAGAAUUUCUGAUGGGAAAUGCUUGGAAUCAUUUGAAGCACAUGAAGAUGCAAUAAAUUCAAUAGUUGUCGGGUUUGACGGGCUGGUUUUUUCGGGCUCGGCUGACGGGUCGGUUAAGGUUUGGAGAAGGGAGUUAGAUGGGAAGGAAGUAAAGCAUUUUCAUAUGAAGACCCUGUUAACGCAAGAUAAUGCGGUGACGGCGUUGGCGGUGGCGGAGGAUGAGAAGGAAAACGGGUGGGUUUUGUAUGCCGGGUCGUCGGACGGGUUGGUGAAUUUUUGGGAAAGAGAUGAAGAAGAAGGGGUGGUGUAUGGUGGGGUGUUAAGAGGGCAUAAGUUGGCCGUUUUGUGUUUAUCUACGGCGGGGUGUUUGGUAUUGAGUGGGUCCGCAGAUAAAACUAUUUGUGUAUGGAAGAGAGAAAAUGAUGGGGUCCACUCUUGUUUAGCUGUUUUAUCCGGUCAUCUUGGUCCUGUCAAAUGUUUAGCCGUUGAACCAGAUCAUGAUCAUCACAUGUCUGAUGAUGAUAGUGAUGAGAAAAAUCAAUGGCAUGAUCAAGAAUGGAUUGUGUAUAGUGGUAGCUUAGACAAGUCCGUUAGGAUAUGGCGCGUGUCUGAACACGCACUAGAAGAUGAUAUUGGGUAUUAAUACCGUUAUUGUGGUUGUUGAUUAUAAAUCUCACGCGCCGCCUUGAUGAGGUGGUUGUGUAUUCCCAUGUGCAGAGAUAGGGAAAAAGACGGCCACCGACCGGGUUUGUAAGUGCGGCGCACGCUGGGAAUUAAGGAGAGCCAAGGGAAAAAUAUAUGGUGAUUGGUCCCCUGUUGCAAAGUUACAAAACUGAAAAUUAUUGCUUAUUUUGAUAGGAGAUUUUUGAAAAAAGGAGCAAUAAAUGUAUAGCUAUAACGCGCCAAAUGUUUUGAUGUUGAGAUGGAAUCAUAUUUCAAUUUAAUUUUGCCAUAAAUAUAAAAAAAUGUAUGGCAUUGUGUAUUUGUGUGUAAUUUGCUUGAUUAACAUUGGUUUGUUUUUUCAUUUUUAAGAUUAUGAAUGAAUUAUAAAUUAAUUAAUGUAUAGUGACAUUUGUAGUUUGAAAAGUUGAAAUUGUAUAUUAAGGUUGCUUAUUUUGA